UCAAAAUGGCUGACAGGGGAAGACAGCUCCAGCCUCAAGAAGGGGGGUUUUGGAGCUCGCCGCAGGCUAAUUACAGCAAAGAAACUCAAAAUCUUUUAAAAGAAAUGAUGAAAGAAUCCAAAUUGACAAACUUCCAGCAGAGGGAGCUUCAAUCAAAAAUGAAAACUGGACAAUCUCUUCCAACAAAAUGUGGACCAACAUUUACUGAAAAAACUAAAGAGCCAGUUGUGGUAAAAGCUCCAAGUAAAAAAAUCAAUCCAAAGACGUACAGUGGUGGAAUCCGGUCAAAGGAUACGAUAGAAGACAGUGGAGCCUAUGAAAGACCAGAAUAUAAUCCACCAGUCAAACCUGGUUAUUCUAAAAGAGAAAAAGAAAGAUUGACUUACAUUAUGCAAUAUGGACACGACCUGCCCCCAAUCGACAAGAGUAAACUGGGAAAAAAGAAAAAGGAACAAGAAGAAAAAACCCAGGAAGAAAAAGAGAGAUUUGAUGAGAUUUUGGCGGAAAUUGAUGAAAGGAGAGCAUUUAUGGACCAGAUGGAGCGCCUUGGACAGGCAGACAAACAUAGACAGGUGGUUGAUACAGAGAUAUCACAGCUUAUUCGAGAAAUGGAAGUGAUUGACAAGAAAAAGUCUGCUGAACUAGAAAGGGCAAUUGCUGAUCAGAAAGCUCAGAGUUGAAGCAAGUGAUGUCAGCAAAUUCACUUUAAUCUGUAUGUUUUGUGCCAAGUGGCCUGUGUUGAGUGGUCAGCAGAGGUAUUGAUCUCAAGGAAAGUGACUUUUGAGUAUGACGGAAGUGAAGAGGAUUAGUCAUGACUUCUUCAACUCAGAGAUGUAAUAUGGUUGUUGACACUUGAAGAGUGGUAUGAGGAUCAUCUGCCAUCCUUCUGACAAGUAGAGUACAGUGCUCACUGUGUGACUACAUGAGAGCUGCUGCAUCUUGUCUCAUCAAGGUCUCUCUUCACAUCACUCUUACAUGCACAGACCCAAAAGGCUGUGUGUGGGCCACUUGAUUGGGAAUGGUCAAGAUCUGUCAUCAAUCUGAAAACCAGAAUGUCCGGAUUUUUGCCUAAACCAUCUCUGUCUAUUGUCCUAAAUGUCUGUCAUCCUCUGUUGAAACUUCUAAUUGUCGGAGAUAAUCUCAUGUAAAUGUUUUUGUCUGACACUCAAGCAGCAAAAACCUUCAUUGUUAACAUUUCCGUCCAUGUGAUAUAUUUAUUGCCAAUGUUAAUGUUUCAGAUACAUAUCUUAUAGUUUUUAUAUCUCCAUCCAUCAGUAUUUAAAAGAAAACAACUUGGUCAUCAAUGCUGUCCUCUGUAGCUCAAUACCAUAUGGUUGAUGUAAACUAAUGUCAUGCAUGUAGUUUCACAGUAAUCACUUUUACUGAGAGUAGCAAUAGCCUGGAACUCUCGCAUUUACAAAUUCCACUGUUGACAGCGCUGUGUUAUUGUAGUAAAGCUGUGCUCAUCUCUCUAUUCUCUGAGAGAUUCUGAUGCAAUGCCGUGUAGGCCUAUGAGGUGGUCAUUGACUGUGAUUGGUUUGAAGCAGCAUCUUGGUUUGUUGAGACUACCAGCCAAGCACAAACACCGUAAAAGUUGGGUUUUUUGGUUCACUUAUUUGUACUUUGAAACAAGUCUUUAUCACUAUCAAUUUUCGAUGAUGAUGAGAUUUCCCAUCCUUUGUGUGUACACAUUAUGUGGUUUGAUUUUAAAGAUUGCUAUUUAUUGUCAAUAAAUUAUACCUGGAAUGAA